CUUCGCUGCAGCUGCCUGCAUUAUCUGAUUGUCCUAGGCUCAACCGGGGGAAGCUUCAAAUGAGCACGGGCCCACAUCCCACUUACCCUUCUUCGUCUUCAUCACUCUUCCUCUUCAUCGCUGAGCCACGGCUUUCUACCUAAAUCCUUUUGCACUUUUACAAUCCACAUUACGUCCUUGGAUAUUUCAUAUAAUUAGUAAAUAGGCACCAAUAUAUCCAAAGUUACCUACCAAUCCUGUAACUGUUCUUAACGUCACAGCAAUGGCCGAAGCUCCGAAGACCGAGGCUCCUAAACCCGACGAGCCUACCACGCCAAUCCAAGAGCUAUGGAAAGUCGUGCAAGCCCAAUCCCAUCCCGAAGUCUGGGGCGUCACCCUAGCGGACCCAGCUACUCACGUCCCCAGCCAGAUCGUGCUGCAGAAGUAUCUAAACGCCAACGACGGCGACGUCGUUAAGGCCAGGGACCAGCUCGAGAAGACUCUGGCGUGGCGUGCUAAGAUGAAGCCUCUAGAGCUCGUCAAGCAGACCUUCUCAAAGCCCAAGUUCGAGGGCCUUGGAUACGUCACCAAGUACGUCGCCGGCGAUGAAAAAGCUGCCGACGAGAACCCCGAGUCUAGAGAGGUCUUUACUUGGAACAUCUACGGCGGGGUUAAGUCGAUCAAUGAAACGUUUGGCGUUUUGGAUGAAUUCAUCGGCUGGCGCGUCGCCCUGAUGGAACUCGCCAUCCACGAGCUCUCGCUCCCGACGGCGACGAAGCCCAUCACGGCGGACUGGGACCCGUACAAGAUCUUCCAGGUGCACGACUACAAGUCGAUCAGCUUCCUGCGGCAGUCCCCUCAGGUGAAAGCUGCGAGCACCGAGACCAUCCGCGUGUUCGCGCUCGCCUACCCGGAGCUCCUCAAGGAGAAGUUCUUCGUCAACGUCCCGGCCAUCAUGGGCUUCAUGUACGGCCUCAUGAAGCUGUUCGUCGCCCCCAAGACCAUCAAGAAGUUCCACCCCAUGUCCAACGGCGCCAACCUCGCCCACGAGUUCGCUGAUAGCAAGGUCCCCGCGCUCGGCGAGAAGCUGCCGGCGGAGUACGGCGGUAAGGGUGGAGAGCUGAGCGCCCAAGGAAAGGGACCUGCUGUUGAGUAGACUGAUUGUGUGAUGAUGUCGAAUUGUUUCGGGUGGUGGUUCAUUAAUGGUAUUAUAUGGGGAUGAUGAUAAUAAUAAUAAUAAUGAGGUAACGACUCUGCGUUGGCUUUAGACUAAGAUAUCACGCCGUUAUACAUGCUUCUCUCUAGUUUUAAUCAAAUUUAAACGCUGAUUAUCGUACUUUCUCCCUUUCCCCU